AUGACUUCUGUAGAAAAUAAUAUUGAUCAUUUAGUCAAUAAUAUAACACCUCAAAUAAAUGGUACAAAUGGAGGCAAGUAUGAUGAUGAUGAUGAUGAUGAUGAUCAAUUCCCAGAAAAUGUACAUAUUAUGAAAACAAAUAAUCAGCUGAGAGAACUUCAUACACUUUUACGUGAUCGUACAACAUGUCGAAGUGAUUUUAAAUUCUAUGCCGAUCGUCUGAUACGCUUAACUGUUGAGGCUGCAUUGGAUCAAUUACCAUACGUACCAUGUGAUGUUACAACACCAACGGGCCAUUGUUUUCCAGGUUUAAGACAUGAAAAAGGUACUUUAUGUGUAUCGUUAAUGAGAAGUGGCGAAGCUAUGGAAAAGGGCAUUCGUGAAUGUUGCAGGUCAAUACGAAUUGGUAAAAUUUUAAUUAAUGAAGGUCAUGUUAUAUAUGCUAAAUUACCAUCCGAUGUUCAUAAGCGUCGCCUACUUGUUGCUUAUCCAGUCAUAACUACGGGUUCAACAGUUCUUACUGGUCUUGAAGUGUUACUCAAAGAAUAUCAAUGUAAACAAUCGAAUAUGAUUUUAAUAUCAUUGUUUUCUACACCGGAUGGAAUUAAUCAUAUCUGUGAUCUUUAUCCCGGUUUAACAAUUGUUGUUUCAGAAAUUAAUACUGUGGCACCGAAUCAUUUUGGUCAAAAAUAUUUUGGUACUGAUUAA